AUGUCGAUCUGUAGCCUGCGGCAUGCGGUCGCCAUUGUUGAGCUCGUACUCAAUUGCUUCAGAGGAGAUGGUGGUGGGAGUAGGAUUAGAAAUGAGGGUUUCUUAGGCUUUCGAGUUAGUGACGAGGCUUCCGAUCAAGAGGUUGAUUACGUGGAGAAGUGUCACAGAGGCCGAUAUAUUCGGUACAGUGAAGUCCUGGGGAAGGGUGCAUUUAAGACUGUCUACAAAGCAUUUGAUCAAAUUGAUGGGAUUGAGGUCGCAUGGAACCGAAUAAAAAUAGAUGAUGUGUUGCGGUCACCUGAAGACUUGGAAAAGCUAUAUGCAGAGGUUCAUCUUCUUAGUCAGCUGAGCCAUGAAAACAUUAUCAAGUUUUACGACUCAUGGAUUGACCAAAAAAAGAAAACCAUUAAUAUGAUAACUGAGCUUUUCACUUCUGGGAGCCUGAGGCAAUAUCGUAAAAAGUACAAAACAGUCGAUAUGAGGGCUAUUAAGAAUUGGGCAAGACAGAUUCUCCAAGGUUUAGACUAUCUUCAUAGUCAAAACCCGCCUGUUAUUCAUAGGGAUCUGAAGUGUGACAAUAUCUUUGUUAACGGGAACCAAGGAGAAGUUAAAAUUGGGGACCUUGGAUUAGCUACCAUCCUGCAGAAACCUACAGCUAAGAGCGUCAUUGGAACCCCGGAAUUUAUGGCUCCGGAGCUUUACGAAGAGGAGUACAAUGAACUUGUCGACAUAUAUUCCUUUGGAAUGUGUUUGUUGGAGAUGAUGACUAUGGAAUACCCUUAUUCGGAAUGCAAUAAUUCAGCUCAAAUUUAUCGAAAAGUGACAUUAGGUGUUAAACCUGCUUCUUUAGGCAAGGUGGAUCCUGGAGGAGUCAGAGAGUUCAUCGAAAAAUGCUUGGCUCCAGCUUCUCAAAGGCCGUCUGCUAAAGAGCUUCUUAAAGACCCCUUUCUUCAGUCUGACCUUGCACCUGUAUCAGCUCACGGUUCUCCUCCAAUACCUGAUGAAGCAUUUCGAUACUCAAGUCGGUCAAUCAACAGGCCUCAUUCUAUGGACAUAGAUCACGAGUAUAAUCAGUCAAUCUACACAGAUUCCAGUUACGGGAGUUCUUGUUCUUCGUUGAUGGAAUUUCGAACUUCCCACCAGAACCAUCAGUUCAGACUGAAAGGGAAGAAAACAGAUGAAAGCUCGGUCGAAUUAACCUUGCGCAUUGCUGAUCUUGGCGGUGGAGUUAGGAACGUACACUUCAUAUUUUACCUCGACUCGGAUACAGCUUCCGCUGUUGCAGCCGAGAUGGUCGAGCAGCUCGAGCUGGUCGACCAUGAUGUCGGCAUCAUUACUGGCCUCAUCGAUGACCUAAUCAUGAGAAUGUGGCCAGACUGGAACCCACCAUCCGGCUCGAGGAGCGCAAGUUGCCUGACCUUGAUGACAGACCAAUGGGAGACUCCCACAACAGGUAGCCCACCUCAUCUAACAAGAAAGCCAGAGGAUGACAGCAGUAAGUUGGUGCACAGGUAUCCUAGUUGCGCGUCUCCUAAUAAUGUUAAGUUCUUACUUUCACGUGGGCCCGGGGCUUCUGAGGACUCUCUGAGGAAAAACUGGAUUCUUGAUGGAUCGAGUGGCGGAGUAUCCGAGAUGGAGUUUGCGGAUCUGUUUCAAGAUGACUGUCGGACCCAUGUGGUUGAAAAAAGCAGGAAUGCCGAGAAUGAGGGCCUUAAAGAUGGCAGGUCGACUCUGAAGGUCGAAUUAGAUGCAAUCGAGACAUUGUACGAGCAGUGGUUUGAGGAGCUGUCGAGGGUGAAACAGGAAGCAAUUGAUGCCACUAAGAAUAGAUGGGUGGCGAGAAAUAGGGAGAGUGACCACUGA